AUGCAUUGCUGUGUUGCAGGGUCGGUGAGGAGGAGUAAUGCAGCCACACAGUUGCUUGAGCAGACGGCCCGUCUACAACAGCUGGGGCUGAGCGUGGAGCGCAUCAAGGAUGAGGUGGGCCGUGUGUCCGUGCAGCGACCAGGAGCUCGAGCUGUGUCCGACUUUGCCUCCUUCCCCACCACCGCCUUCUCCAAGGUGCAGGGGGAGGAGCAGAGGGAGCCGGUGUGCGUGGGGAGAGUGGUGAUGUCGUGUCCCCCUGGUCACGGCCAGAGUCACCGAAUACUCUUACAGCACCACCAGCUGCUGGAGCUGCACGCGCGCCUCAUAUAGAGACCCCCCUCCCUGGGGACCCCCCCCCCAGACCAGACCCCCCCAGCUGCUGGAGCUGCACGCA